UUAGAUUCAGUUGCACCUUUUAUUAUUUUAACUCUUCUCCUUAGGACACGCAGCCCCCAAUCUGUCCCUCUGGCCUGGGCGGCCCCUGGUCCCGCGCGCCAGGAUGGGAGAGCGAGGGACCUGCCCGCGGCCCGCCGGCGUGUGCAAGGAGGUCCAGCCGCCGCGCCCGCUACCCGGAGUCUGAGGACGGGUGUCCAGGGACGGAGAGGCAGGUGAGAGGGAGGUGGCUAAGCUGGCUAUGGUGACAGGACGAUGUUGGCCAGAAAGAGUAUCAUCCCGGAGGAGUAUGUGCUGGCGCGCAUCGCCGCGGAGAACCUGCGCAAGCCGCGCAUCCGAGACCGCCUCCCCAAAGCCCGCUUCAUCGCCAAGAGCGGGGCCUGCAACCUGGCGCAUAAGAACAUCCGUGAGCAAGGACGCUUUCUACAGGACAUCUUCACCACCUUGGUGGACCUGAAAUGGCGCCACACGCUGGUCAUCUUUACCAUGUCCUUCCUCUGCAGCUGGCUGCUCUUCGCUAUCAUGUGGUGGCUGGUGGCCUUUGCCCAUGGGGACAUCUAUGCUUACAUGGAGAAAAGUGGAAUGGAGAAAAGUGGUUUGGAGUCCACUGUGUGUGUGACUAAUGUCAGGUCUUUCACUUCUGCUUUUCUCUUCUCCAUUGAAGUUCAAGUUACCAUUGGCUUUGGAGGGAGGAUGAUGACAGAGGAGUGCCCUCUGGCCAUCACGGUUUUGAUUCUCCAGAAUAUUGUAGGUUUGAUCAUCAAUGCAGUCAUGUUAGGCUGCAUUUUCAUGAAAACAGCUCAGGCUCACAGAAGGGCAGAAACUUUGAUUUUCAGCCGCCAUGCUGUGAUUGCCGUCCGAAAUGGCAAGCUGUGCUUCAUGUUCCGAGUGGGUGACCUGAGGAAAAGCAUGAUCAUUAGUGCCUCCGUGCGUAUCCAGGUGGUCAAGAAAACAACUACACCUGAAGGGGAGGUGGUUCCUAUUCACCAACUGGACAUUCCUGUUGAUAACCCAAUCGAGAGCAAUAACAUUUUUCUGGUGGCCCCUUUGAUCAUCUGCCACGUGAUUGACAAGCGCAGCCCCCUGUAUGACAUCUCAGCAACUGACCUGGCCAACCAAGACUUGGAGGUCAUAGUUAUUCUGGAAGGAGUGGUUGAAACUACUGGCAUCACCACACAAGCACGAACCUCCUACAUCGCUGAGGAGAUCCAAUGGGGCCACCGCUUUGUGUCCAUUGUGACUGAGGAAGAAGGAGUGUAUUCUGUGGAUUACUCCAAAUUUGGUAACACUGUUAAAGUAGCUGCUCCACGGUGCAGUGCCCGAGAGCUGGAUGAGAAACCUUCCAUCCUUAUUCAGACCCUCCAAAAGAGUGAACUGUCUCAUCAAAAUUCUCUGAGGAAGCGCAACUCCAUGAGAAGAAACAAUUCCAUGAGGAGGAACAAUUCUAUCCGAAGGAACAACUCUUCCCUCAUGGUACCAAAGGUGCAAUUUAUGACUCCAGAAGGAAAUCAAAACACAUCAGAAUCAUGACAGCAAGAUAACCCCAAGAGAGUCUUUUAUCAAGUUUCGAUGGUUUAUGCCGGGCACUGUCAGACUGAACCAGAGCUGGAACACAAUAAUGUGUCCUUCUACAUUUUAUUAUACUAAAUGAUAUUCAUAUUCAAGCAACAGCACUUUCUGUAGUAAUAAAAAGUAACACAC